CGCCCCCUUCGCCGGCUCCGCGGAACGACACGUCUGCUUUUGUCAGUCAUCCCCAGGCAGUCGAGUGUCUCGAGUCCACCGAACAUAGACAUAGACGGAGCUCCAUUACAAUACAGUAGUGUAGGCAGGCAGUCAGUCAGUCAGCGAGACAGACGCUUCGGUUGCUCGGCCCGCGCGCUGCUAGCCAGCCCAGCCGCCUGAAUGUAGAUCCGCAUGGGCUACUACUACGACCGCACUCUCUCUCUCUCUCCAAAUAACCCAGCGGAGUCGUAAGCUAAGGAUCCCAGGAUGGUGUUAGUGCAUGUCGGAUACCUGGUUCUCCCCGUAUUCGGCUCAGUAAGAAACAGAGGAUCCCAUUUCACCCGGCAACAGCAGCAGCAGCACAGCCAUGCUACCUCUUGCCGGCACUUCCAGCUAGGGCCCCAGGCCCCGCUGCCCAUGGACUUCCCCAUGCCCCACCCGGGCCAGCCGCAGUCGGGCAUCAACCCCCACCUGGCCCCGCCCGGCCACCAGCACGGACCCCCGCUACACCACCCGUCCCUCAACCCCAUGCCCGCCCCCCAGUUCCAGGACAUCCCCGCCCCUCCCUUCCUACCUCAGGCAUUACACCAGCAAUACCUCCUCCAGCAGCAGAUCCUCGAGGCCCAGCACCGACACAUCCUGCCGCCCAACAGUAGACGCACAUCAGAGAGGGUCCCUCACCAGCCCCACAGACUGCGUCCAGGCUAUGAGUUUGCGCCGCCUCUGCACGUCCCACCACAGCCGGUGGUGCAGCAGCCUCGCUACUUGGCUGAGGGAACAGACUGGGAUCUAAGUGUGGACGCAGGACUCCCGCCACACCAGUACCACAUCCACCCACUGCCGCAGCACUAUCAGCACUACCUGACCUCUCCCAGGAUGCACCACUUCCCCAGGAACAACGCCUCAACGCAAGUGGUCGUUCACGAGAUCCGCAACUACCCGUACCCUCAGCUGCACCUGCUGGCGCUGCAGAGUCUCAACCCCUCACGCCACGCGUCUGCCGUCAGGGAGAGCUACGAGGAACUUUUGCAGCUGGAGGAUCGACUGGGCAACGUGAACCGUGGCGCCGUCCAGACCACCAUCGAGAGAUUCACUUUCCCCCACAAGUACAAGAAGAGAUUCCCGCAGGACCUGAAGAUGUGUCUGGACGACGAGGAGCUGGACACCGACGAGAAGUGCACCAUCUGUUUGUCCAUGCUGGAGGACGGAGAGGAUGUCAGGAGAUUACCCUGCAUGCACCUGUUCCACCAAGCGUGCGUGGACCAGUGGCUGGCAACCAGCCGGAAGUGCCCCAUCUGCAGAGUGGACAUUGAAACCCAGCUCAACCCCGACAGUUGAUGGCGGUUCCCGCCGCCUGCAGUCUCACAUCCCACAAUCCUCCACUCGCUCCCCUUCAGGGGGAUUUGACUGGGGGGGCCUCCUCGCUCCCCCUCUUUUGGGGGGUGGCAGGGUAGGAUAAAAAAAAAAAGCACACACACAGACACAUGCAGAACACAAGCAGGGAUGCGGUGGACACAUUUUGAAGACUGGGCUGACUAAGUGGAUGUACUAGAAAAUGGCAGGAACGGCCAUAGAAAGAUGUGCUGAGACAUGCUGUGUGAACCGCCCAGCCCCUUAUACACACACACACACACACACACACACACACAAGCACAUCUGUAUAGAACAUUACACAAAAGCAUGAUUGGUAUGUAGCCCAAUGCUUGUGGUGUGCUAUAGUACUGAUUGAGUAUUUACCGAGUAACAGUGUUGUGUAGCAACUUGAGAGUUUGUGUGACAGAUAGCCCACCUUUAGAAAACCAGGCAGGGGGGGGGGGCUAAUAGCGUGCGUUGUAUGUACAAAGGCCAAAAAUUGUGGACAACCCCCGCCCCCUUCUAUGUUAUGUUUCUUAUGGAUUUACAGUGAGCCCCCGUUUAUCGCAGGGGAUAUGUUUCAGAUCCACCCCUGAUAGGUGCAAAUCCGUGAUAUAGAGAGACCAUAGAAAAAAUACUUUUUAUAUAGUUUCACCCCUGUUACAUUUCAACUUAUUACAACACACCUUAAAAAAAAAAAUUCCUUGGCACCUGUUCUCACACUCUCGCCGUUCAGAAAAGGGAGACUAUCGUAUAACGAUACUUUGAGGAAAUGAAAAGAAGACUCGCUCGCACAGUUCUCCAAAUCAGAGGGCCAGCGUGCUUGCUUCAAGCUUCAUUUGGCACUCCCAGUUGAACUUUGCUGUAAAACAGACACAUUAAACUGAGAAAGGAGAAUUAAAAAUUCUAUAUUUAACCACCAAAACGUUCAACCAAAUUAUAUAAUUUCGUCUAACGAAAGUCCAUCCAUCAAUUUUCUGAGCCGCUUAUCCACACAAGGGUCGCGGGAGUGCUGGAGCCUGUACCAGCUAUCAUCGAGCAGGAGACGCGGGCUACACCCUGAACUGGUUGCCAGCCAAUCGCAGGGCACACAUACACAAACAAGCAUUCGUACUCACAUUAACACCUACGGGCAAUUUAGAGUCUUCAAUCAACCUACAAUGCAUGUUUUUGGGAUGUGGGAGGAAACCGGAGUGCCCGGACAAAACCCACGCAGGCACGGGGAGAACAUGCAAACUCCACACUGGCGGGGCCGGGGAUUGAACCCCGGUCCUCAGAACUGUGAGGCAGACGCUCUAACCAGUCCCACACUGCGCCGCCUAACGAAAGUCAUAAAAUACAAAAUUCCACAGACGGGCUAAUGCAAAUUAGCAGAGAUGUUACAGUAAUUAUAACCCUUCAAACAACUGCUACUUUAACACACACAGAGCAGCAAUACAUACAAACAGAGCCAUACUACAAUACUUUUAAGCCAGGAGUGUCAAACUCAUUUUUGUUGCCGGCCAUUAUGACUGUACACACAUAUAAAUGUAUGAUCGCAACAUAUUAUUAGAUAUACACAAAAAAAUUGAUGGUUAUUCACUUCUGAAAUCAGAAGCCAGUAAAAAGUUGUUUAUUCUAAUAUUAUUGAGUUUAUUUUGAAAAGGGAAUUGGUAACAAAAAAAUGCUUGCAAUAUCACAUCGGUAUUAAAAGUGAGGAGAAUUUUUGGUAUUUUAGCAAGAAACGAAUUCGACGCACAUGAUUUGCUUUUUGCGGGCCACAAAAACUGAUUUAGCGGGCCGAAUCUGGCCCCCGGAGCCGCGGGUUUGACACCUGUGUGUAAGCAUCUCUACUCUGUGGGAACAAAGAAUAUUAUGCUCUUAACUUCGCUGCAUCUCUUCCAUCAGAUCUCAGUGCUGCCUGGCGUGUUGCAGCACUUCACUAAAAGCCCGCCACUCUAAAUUCAGACUUGACUGUAAAACGCGCCCCGCCGCCCCCAAACAAAAAACAAAAUCAACGAUGUAUAGCUAUAACGGGGGUGCAAAUGAAAUGAAUGAUAUAGCAGGGGGAAACACUGUAGACGCCAUCCACGCUAACGCGGCUAUCUGCAGGCAUGGCUUCCAGUGAAGUGUGUGUUGUGCCGUACCGGGUGGCGGGGGCAGGGGACGCCCCCCUGUGACACCCCCCUCCCACCCCCACUUGCCCUCCAUCAUCAGGUGUGCAUGCAUGUGUGCCAGGCUUGUAAGCUGUGUCGUGCUCAUUGUGGUCGUAGUGCUGCAAAGUAGACACAGGAACCCCCGUGUGUCCCCCCCCCCUCCCCAAAUCCUGUUUGAUGCACUCGGACGCCGACCUUGGACCGUGUGUGAUAGCCAUCUUGCCUCGAGAUGAGUGACAUUUCUCAGAACCUUAUUGCCUACCGAACAAGCACAUAUGACAUUUUGGAUUAUUAUGAUUAUUAUUUUUGUCAUGAUUUUAAUUUCCCUUUCAGUCUGUUUCAGUUGCGCCCAAUCACAUGCAAGUGGUGUUACAGGGGAAACAAAACAAAACACUAGUUUGCCUGCGUUUGUUUGAAAGCUCACUUGCUUCAUGGUUCGAUUGUAAUAGCCUGCAUGUGUGAGUGUGUGUUAGUGAAUGAAUGAGUGAGACGCAUGUAGUCUUAGGGUGAAAGGGAUUACAAGCCAUCCAUUUUGAAAAGACAACCAAACAAUUGUUCUUUAACAUUGUCUUAUUUGAUUUCAGUUGUUUUGCCAUGUAGUACUUUAAAAAAAUUUUUUUUUUUUUUUAGUUCACAUGCCAAUUUGGACAUGGUACUAAAACACCUGGUCCAUGUCCGCAUUAACACAGUGAAGAGAAAUAGCUGCAAUGCUGCAAAAAAGACAAAACAUAUUUAUUGUUCUGUAGCUUGUGUUUUUUUGUGAAUGCACUAUCAUAUGGAGUUGCCUGUUUUUGUUUUGUUUGUUUUUUCAGUCUGUUUUGGUGGUGUGUGUGGGUUCUUCUUGUCUUAGGGAUUUGCUUCUCGGUUUGAUUCCAAAUAUUUUCAUGCUUCCCUGUGUGUGGUUUACCAAAAAGUGUUAGGGCCACGCUGAAAUUACAGAGUAAAAAAAAAAAAAAAGUUAAA